AAAAAGUGUGUCACUGGGGCACGAGGCUCUCCCCGCGGUCACAUGGUCCCGUUUUCUGCCGCGUGCGAUCCGAGAGCCUGCUGUUUGCGCGCGCCCUGCUUGUCUAGGGAGGGAGCGAGAGAGAGACAAGAGAAAGACAAGAGAGAGAGAGGGUUUCCAGACAGCAAAAGCAGGCCGAGGGACAAACUGCAGUUCCCAACGACACAGACCGAGACCGUGUGACAGCACGAAUCGUUUUUUCUCUACACAUCACAGUCAAAUAGAAGAGCCCAGCAGCCUCAUGCAAAGCUUCCUGCACAGACACAAUUGUGUCUUUCCGAAAAAAUGUCCGUAUCAAAGUAGUUUGAUUUAUGACUCACGCGUAAUUUACCUAUAACAGAAAGCGUAAAACGAAGACGCAUAACUUUGAGAUCGCCGAUGAUCCUUCGUUUUUUUCUAACUGAAAAAAAAUCUACGGAUUGCGAAGUAGGUCUGCAUGACUCGUUUGGAGCUCAACAUGACGACUGCAAUGGACACAAGCAACAAUAGCAACACAGGAGGCGUCAUCUCCUACGUGGGCUCCUGCGGCGGCUCGCAGGCGCGCAUCAGUCCUGUGUCCAUGUACAGCGACAACUCCAACUCCCAGCCCUCUUUCGCCUCCUCCACCUCCUCCUCCCCUCCCUCCUUCCACAGCAGUGGCAGCUCCAGCUCCGGCUCGGGUGGAGAGGACGGCUCCUCCUCCUUCUCCUCCUCCUCCUCAUCCACCUCCUCCUUCUCCUCCUCAUCCUCUUCAGUAGGAGGCUCCCAUCGUUGCCGUGACGAUAGGAGCUCGCUGAGAGCAGCCCCCGGCAAGUCCGUGGCGAGGCUGACCAAGCUGAAUGGCAUGGUCCUGCUAUGUAAAGUUUGUGGAGACGUGGCCUCAGGUUUCCACUACGGAGUCCAUGCAUGUGAAGGAUGUAAGGGUUUCUUCCGCCGCAGCAUCCAGCAGAACAUCCAGUACAAGAAGUGUCUGAAGAACGAAAGCUGCACCAUCAUCAGGAUCAACAGGAACCGCUGCCAGCAGUGUCGCUUUAAGAAGUGCCUCUCCGUGGGCAUGAGCAGAGAUGCGGUGCGUUUCGGCCGCAUACCAAAGCGGGAGAAGCAGAGAAUGCUGGCAGAGAUGCAGAGUGCCAUGAACAACAUGGUCAACAACCAGCUGCAGAACGACUUCCAACUCGCCAGCCUCUCCUCCUCCCCGCCCCCUCCUCCCUCCUCCUUAUCCUCCUCUCCCUGCCCGCCUCAGCCGCCCGCCCUCCCGGCGGCACCUUCGUCUCCUUCGACCCCUGCCCCGGCCAUGUCCUCCUCCCUGCCUCCUCCCUCUACCCAGGGUGCACCUCCUCCCCAAGACAUGCUGACGUCCCACCCCCCCGCCCUCUCCUCCCCCUCCCUAUCAACGCCUUCCGCUCCUCUCUGCCCCGCCAGUCUCGGCGUGGACUCCACCGUCAGUGCCAUCGCGCGUGCUCACCGCGAGACUUUCCUGUAUGCGCACGACAAACUGACCAACCCCGGCACGCCUCUGCCGCAACGUCGUCAACAACACCUCCAGCACCAACAAGCCCUCCGCAACGUGGAGACAAACAACUGGGUCUCCAACCAGUGUUCAAGUGGUUACCAUGCCAACGGACUCAACACCAUCUACCACAACAACAACAACUUUGCCAGUGGUUACGUGGCCCAGCAUCACCACGGCAACCACCGCCACAGCAAUCUCCCUGGGGGAGAGAUGCAUGGCAAGCAUGCACAGCAAGGACAGAACUCUCCCAUGAAGAACCAACCUGAUAUCAUGCUGGCGUGUCCUAUGAACAUGUGUCCCAGGGCAGACCCCUCUAAGAGCUCCCAGGAGAUCUGGGAGGACUUCUCCCUCUCCUUCAGCCCUGCCGUCCGGGAGGUGGUGGAGUUUGCCAAACACAUCCCAGGAUUCAACACUCUGUCACAGACCGACCAGGUCUCUCUGCUGAAAGCCGGCACCUUUGAGGUGCUAAUGGUGCGCUUUGCUUCGAUGUUCAACGUGAGAGAACAGACGGUGACGUUUAUCUCCGGCACCACCUAUGGGCUGGAGGACCUGCGGGCCAUGGGGAUGGGCGAGCUGCUGGGGGCCAUGUUUGACUUCAGCCACAAGCUAGCAUCACUGGAACUCAGCCCGGAGGAGCUGGGCCUGUUCACCGCUGUGGUGCUCGUAUCUGCAGACCGGUCUGGCAUCGAAAACUUCACCACGGUGGAGCAGCUCCAGGAGAGCCUGAUUCAAGCUCUGCGCUUAUUGGUCAGCAAGUCACCCAAUCAUCACCAUGGCGACUCGCCCCGCUUCACCAGGGUCCUGCUCAAGCUCUCCGACCUCAGGACCCUCAACAACAUGCACUCUGAGAAGCUUCUCUCCUUCCGCAUCGACGGCUGAACACAAACACCACACCGAUGGCCCAUGAUGAUGACAAUGAUGAAUGAUAAUGUCAUCCUCAACAUGGAGCCGUGCUAAGGCGCUCUUCUUUACCACUGAAACUGGUUUGUCACAAUCAUUUGAGCUUCAUUGUGUUGUCUCCGCUUGCGUCAGCCCAAAGUUCAGGAACUGAGACAUCUGUCUCUGAGAAACCUCUGAUUGUUUUUCGUUUCCUUCAAAAAGGAGAAACUGAUAUGAGUGCUGUCGCACAGUGAUGAUAUCGCGGAAAACCACAGGUCUAGUGAGUGUACUAGAUGCUAAGGUUGGCUGGAGAGUUUGGACAUUGUGUAACCUGGGUAAAAUAAGCAGCUGUCAAAAUGUAAACUGAAGUGGCACUUCAGUUUGGCACUUCAGUGCCCCCCCCCCGCCCCCUGUGAGGCCCCUGAAGACUGAGUACAUCUGCUUUAAUAGAUGGAUCUCUUCAACAAAAAAAGACUUGAAACUGAUGAGGACAGAAUUGUACUGAGCAGAAAACGUUCUGCCGGAACCACAAUAGACCAGAACAAUCCUCUGAAGACCACCUUUAUCUGGAGGAACCCUGCCUACUUUACUGAGAGAAGAUUGCCAUCUAUCCACCCACCCACACACACACACACACACACACACACACACACACACACACACACACACACACACACACACACACACACACACACACACACACACACACACACACACACACACACACAAUAGGCUGGACUGCAUGUAUGCAUUAUAAAACAGUUCAAAUGCAGUAUGCAGUUGAUACAUUAUGCAGUAGUGUGACGUUAUCACACAUAAAUACCAUGUAACAAACUGUCAACAAAUCACCAUGAAUACAAAUAUACUUGAAACGUUUUUAAAAUUCUGUAUUUAACACUUAAAUAUAUAAAUAUAUAUAUUUUGUUAAUUUGAAAUAUGCUCAUAGUGCAAAUAUUAUAUGA